UCGCCUUUUUGUUUCUCCUAUACAACUCUAGCGAACAGCUGUUCCCUUAAACUUUCAUAACGUUUUGGGAAUACGGCAAAAAUUAUUACAAAAUUUGGUUAAUUUUUCUAUAAUUUUAAUAAUUAAGAAUGCGUGUUCCCACUUGUGUUUAUGCCGCCAAACAUAAAGCUCGUGCUCCACAAAAUGAGGCUGCUGUUCCCUUUCAAGAAAUCUUACCUUUACGUUUGAAAAACUCGGUCAGUGGUAAAGCGGACUCUGGUUCUGAUGUCGCCUGUUUACAAGAAAUGACUGUCUUAUUUGCCUGUCUUAAGGAAAAUGACUUCGUGGAGAAAUUCUGUUCCAAAGAAAUUUCACAAUUCCAAAAAUGUUACAAAGUUUAUAUGGAUCGCAAGGCGGCUGCUAAGGAGACUAUUAAUCAAGGUAUUGUAACACCUGGUAAUAAAUUAAAUUAUAAACAAUUAAACAAAUACAUGAGACGGUAUCCAAAUCCUGAAUAAACUAUCAAUAACUAGUCUGCGAGUAAUGAUUUCCAAGAAAUCAUUUAAAGUUCAUUGAUUAAAAAGAAAUUGUUAUGUUGUCAUUAUAUACCUAGUUUAAUAAAUCAAGUUGAUACAUUAAA